AUGCUACUAGCACAGCUAAAAUCUGUUGACGGUGAAAUCACCGGUCCACCACUAAGUUUGCCUGUAGACAUUACCCCGGAACAACUUGAACUGUUGGUUAAUCAAUUAUUGAACAAUGAUGAACACCUUCCAUAUUCAUUUUCUGUUGAUGAUAAAGAAAUAACUACUACGUUAUUUAACGACAUCAUUAAAGCUUUAAAAAGAUCAACUGAAGAUAUAUUAACUAUCGUGUAUCAACCACAAGCAAUCUUUAAAGUUAGAGCUAUCACCAGAUGUACAUCUACUCUAAGUGGACAUACAGGCGCAAUUUUAUCA